AUGUCGCUCACGCACGCGACGAUUUUUGAUGCUCUCCAGAAAGAAUUCUGCCCACCGUUGGACUCUUCGCUCGUCGCUGCCUUGCUUGUAGACGUCGACUUUGACGCGCCAUCUGCCGAAAACGAUGUCGAAGCUUUGCGACAAACCCUCAAGGAGCUGGCAGUGCAAGCCGAGGUGGAUGCCGUUCAGGCUUCAUUCAGCGAUGAGGUCCUGGACAAGAGCGACGACCGGGAAACGAUAACGACCACGAGCUUCUUUACCUCGGAGACGGGAAACAACCACCAGAGCUCAAACACAACCCCUAGCAGCAAUGGAGUCUCAACCUCAUCUGACUCGGAUGUUUCUGAAGAAUUCGCAACUCCUCUCGGAUUCCUGCAGGCGGCGCUCCCCCAUGUUCCGACCAAGCGCCUUCGUCAAGCUCUCAGAGAGGCAGAGGAAGAACGAGCAAGACGCUCUCCAAGCGACUCGGAUGAUGACCUCGACAUGUGGGACGUCAUUGCCUCCGUCCUGACCACGGAAUCGAUUCGAGAAAUGGAGGAGCGAGGGUUCGAAGGCCUUCUUGAGGACGAAGAACUCGCAAGGUUGUUGUCCGAGCAGGGAGAGCUACCCGAGACUCGUCUGGAGCGAACUGGGGAGGAGUGGGUUCAGGUAACGUCGAAAAAGGGUCCAUCAAAGAAAAAGGCUGCCUCCAAACCAGCGACGGUCAAGAUCACAUUGAACGAUGUUAGACAGAAGGGCGCUUCGAAAAAGGUCAACGGCGACGCUCCAACCUCCCCGACCUCGUCGAAGCCCCCUCCCCCCGAUCGAUGGACCCAAGUGGUUUCCUUGUCCUCCCUGCUCUCGACUCUCUUCCCAGACUACCCAGCCACGUUCUUCCAGUCUCAUUUCCAUUCUCCCAACUAUCCGGACUCUUAUGAAGCGUUAUGUGCUAUCUUACAAAAGAUAUGUGCAUCGCCCAAGAACAGCUUUAUCGACCAGCCUGACAAGAGAGCUCCGGAACGGCCGGAACCACCACCUGGCAAGCCAAAGAGUAGGGUGAGGACGGCCACUGAUGGUCAUCAUCACCCACCUCUGAAACCGCCAGCCAUUGAAGAAGGGGCAGAUGAAGCGGAGGGCGGCAGUGGUGACGACGGCGACGACGAGUCGUCUUCUCGCGAGACCGCCCUCCUGUUCAAUCUCUUAGACGUGCUCCUUCCUCAGUACGGACUGGACGUCGGAAGCGAUCUUGCGCAGACCCCGAGCCAAGAUCAGCCUCGAUCCCAGCUCAUCUCUGAAAUCCAACUUGCGGUGCAGGCGACGAAGGGGCGGGAGGACGAUGCACUCGAUCUGGUCAAGUUGCUGCGAGAGCUCGAUGAAGAAAGGAAGGAGCGGUUCCCGGAGUUGAUGGAGGAGUUUUAUAGGAACGGGGUGACGGGUGUUGCCAUCGGGGAGAGGGUAGGAGCGAGAAAGGAUGGUGUCAGCUAUGCCGAGUUGGCUGGCGCCAAUCGAAAACGGGCAUCUUCUAGUCCUGUUGUCGCGUCCGGGCCAUCGAUGAGUAACGGUACCACCUCUGUCGUCGCUUCCCCAGUGACCACACCAAAGCCAGUCGCUGCGAGUGUGUCAAAGGGGAAGAACAAGCCUAGCCCCUACCAAUGGCAAGCGGUCCCAGUCAAGAAGGCUCCAGAAAAGCAGCCAUACCAAAUCCUCCCCCAUCUUCCCACAUACACUCGCGAUGUUAACGGAAUCAAGAGGAGAGGUAAAGGCGUUAAUGGUGAUUACUUGUGGAGGAACGGUCUGGCUAUAAUUCCAGAUAACCCUGUCCCCGGGUCGGCAUCAGCGCAGUCGCGAUACCUCUCUGAAGCCGAAGCGGCUGAAAGGGAGUACCGGAGGAAGAUUGGGGAGAAUAUGCGGAAGAGGGAUGAGUUGUUGAGGGAGGCUGCGAGGAUGUGGACGAGGGGUGUUGGAGGGCAUGGUGCGAAGCUUGCAGGUGGUGAUAAGACCAAGGGUGGGAGAGGUAGAGGAACGAAUAUUGGUGGUGAAGUUGCGUGGUACUUUGCUGAGAGGGCAAGAGAGUUCCAAGAGAUGGCGAAGAAGGAGAGUUUGAAUGCUGCAAGGGCGAUGGUUCACCGUAAACGAAUGGCCUCGAAUGAAAAGAACACCAUCGAUUUGCAUGGAACGACUGUCGUAGAAGCUCUGGCCAUCGUCAGAGAAGUACUUGCUGAACAGCCCACCUCUCAAGCCCGGCCGCUCAAGAUUAUAACGGGACGAGGUUCUCAUUCCGUCAACCAGACUAGCGUGUUGAAGCCUGCGCUUAAGAAGCGCCUGACCGAGGAGGGGUGGGUGGUUGGAACUUGGGAUGCGGCUACACAACAGCCCGGGGCAUCGGGGAGCCUUUUGUCGAACCAUGAAACGAGGCUGCGCAUCCUGGAAAGGGCUGAGCAGAAAGUCCAACGUUCUCGUGAAGACGUCAAUAGCGUCCAUGAACGAAAGCUGUCAGCGCCCAUACCUCUCUCUACCUCCACUCGGACCACUCUUCCUGUGAAAGACCAGCUCGAAACCGUCCAAGCGCUGAAUGACAUCGCUACCACGCCGUUUGUGAACUCGUUUGCCUCACGCAUUCAAGGUGCAAAGACAGCAGUCACACCAGGAUUGGCUCCGAACCAGGCCCUAUACGUUGACUGGGAUGCAGUAACACCCUGGAUGAAGUUAAUGACCGACGUCCGGGAUCAUUAUGUACUUUCUCGGGCCGCAUCGGGGGAAGAGACGGAGCUGGCAACUGAGGAGGCAGCUGCACCGAUUACAUACACUACACUCCAACGUUCACAUCUCCCUCAAGUCCAUGACCUUUUGGAGCGUGUAUUCUGGUCCGGAAUAGAUGUCAGCGAUUCCAUGGAUUACUCACCGGAACGAGCAACCGUGAUCGCCGUGUACAAAAAACUGGUCGUGGGCGUGGCCAUCCUCAGUUCACCGCAAGAAACAUACAUAACAUUCCUUGCCGUGAGAGCUGGGUGGGACAAGGCUCGGAUAGCGAAAACGAUUCUCUACCUUCUCAUCUCGAGAAACCCAAAUAAAGACAUUACGCUGCAUGUUUCCGUGAACAACUCAGCGAUGCUGCUGUACAACCAAUUUGGGUUCAAAGCGGAAGAGUUCGUCGCGGGCUUUUACGAUGAUUAUUUGGAUCCUCUUUCCCGCGCUUCAAAGAACGCUUUCAAGUUGCGCUUGCGUCAAUGA